CUAGUGGGUCUCUAUUAAAUUGAAUUGCCACAGGACUUUUGUGUGUUUGGCAUCUCUUUACAAAGGGUUGCCGAUUUUUUUUGUUACAGCAGUUAGUAUGGAGAUAUAUGUCUUGGAAUAUAUUUUCGUCCUUUUGAGUUGCACUUGUAUGGGGUUGCUGGAAAGCAGACCUUUGACAAAGCCUCCAGAUUUUGGUACAUUAUAUCAUGUUUCUGGCAUUAUCUCCUUGCCUUAUGCUGAGAUACAAGAACCUUUUGAAGCUUGGUACAACCUGUCAGGAAAUGUAAGCCGCAUAAACUAUUACCAUGGCCAAGUUGUUACAUUUCAGUUAGGGUAUAUGAAGCCAUCUGGUGCCAGCUAUAAAAUAACACCUGAAACUACAGAGAGUGUGGUCAAUGCUAUUAAGUGUUUUCAGGUUAAUGGUACCACUGAAGAACCUGUGCUUCCUCAGAGUGCAUUUCCCAAUUUAAAUGGCUUCCAGUUUUUGAAGGAGGACUACUAUAAAGGACAGCUAUGUCAGCUGUGGCAAAAUGUGACCAUAGAAGGCAAGAAAAAGAACACUUACACGUUGUGGGUCACAAACUCCUCAAAUGAAGCACCAAUUCCAGUGCAUUAUGAAAUGCUUGGUUAUAACACUCUGCUUGGCUCUCACUAUGACAAGUAUGAGAUUGACUACAUUGACUUCUCGCAUACCGUUGAUCCGAGUGUCUUUACUUUGCCUGCUGGGUUGCAGUGCACAUCUUUUCCUGGCCCUGGGAUGGAGCAUAGAAUCCUAGCCAAUCCUAUGCAGGAUUUUGUCCAUACUAAACAUGAAGGUCACACGCAUCGGCUCUUUGGACACUUUAAGAAACUGUUCCAGCGACAGUAUGAAACUGAAAUGGAACAUGAAGUUCGGAAACAUGCAUUCGUUCACAAUCUCAGGUACAUUCACUCUAUGAAUCGCAAGAACUUGUCUUUCAAGUUAGCAAUGAACCACUUAACUGACCGUAAUGCAGAAGAACUUCUUUUUCUGAGAGGCCGGAUGGCCAAGAAGGCUGCUAACAAAGGACAAGCAUUCCCACAUGACAAAUUCAAAGAUGUUCUGCUUCCAGAAAGUUUUGAUUGGAGACUAUAUGGUGCUGUCACACCAGUGAAGGACCAGGCUAUCUGUGGGUCAUGCUGGAGCUUUGCCACCACUGGAACAUUAGAGGGUGCACUAUUCUUGAAGACUGGAUCUCUGGUGGUACUGUCUCAGCAAAUGUUGGUUGACUGUUCCUGGGGCUUUGGGAACAAUGGCUGUGAUGGAGGAGAAGAAUGGAGAGCAUAUGAAUGGGUGAUGAAGCAUGGUGGGAUUGCUACAGCAGAGUCUUACGGACCUUACAUGGGGCAGAAUGGAUAUUGUCACUUCAACCAAUCUGAAAUGACUGCUAAGGUGAAAAGUUACACUAAUGUUACCUCCGGAGAUUUGGAAGCAUUGAAAACUGCCAUUUUUAAAAAUGGACCUGUGGCAGUAAGCAUUGAUGCAUCCCACAAGUCCUUUGUUUUCUAUAGUAAUGGUGUUUACUAUGAGCCUCAAUGUGGCAGUAAACCACAAAAUCUUGAUCAUGCAGUUCUUGCUGUUGGCUUUGGUGUCCUUAAUGGAGAACCGUACUGGCUUAUUAAAAACUCUUGGUCAACCUACUGGGGUAAUGAUGGCUAUAUAUUGAUGUCCAUGAAGGAUAAUAAUUGUGGAGUAGCUACUGAUGCAACUUUUGUCACACUUGAAUGAGCCAAACUUUGUGUGUCUGCAGUCCUAUGUACUUCAUUACUUAAGGUUCUGGAUUGUCUCCUGGAGUUUCUCAUUUGCCACUAGGGUAGAGUGUUGAUUGUGUAUUGGCAUCACCAAAACAAAAGCCUUAACCAUUGUAAUGGUGAAAUCCUGAAAGGGAUUUUAAUUCUGUUUUGUAACUGAUUUAUUGAACAGCUUGAUGCUGGCUGGGUGUAAUCUGGCACUGCUGGUUAGUCUGCUUUGCAUUACCAAUUGAAA